AUGAGUGUCGACUCCCGACUCAAACGGGCUGACGAUGGAAUCACGCAAGGCAUGACGAACCGACUCAACAAACUUAUCCGUGAUACAGAGGACAUCAGACGCAAGACACUGGAGUCCGCUCUAGCUGAUAUGCCCCUCGACUUUGAGGAGCAGGAGAGACCCUUCAGCCAGAACCCAAUUGAGAGUGGUUGUGGGAUCACACACUUGCGAGACCACGGUAUAAAGGUCGCCGACGAAGACGACCUCGUGCAUAAAUAUGCGCGCCGUAUGAUCAUUCGCGACGAAAGCGAGACUGGGUCCAUUUCACAGUCUUGGGUGGAGGAACAUAACAAAGCCAUAGGCGAGCCUUAUGAAACCGUAGAUGGCGAAGAGUGUGACUCCAAGUCUGACGUCGACGAGGACAUCGAUGAGCUCGGUCAGGAUGCGAUUCCCUCGCCAAGGGCUCUCGGCUCAACGAAGUCGGAGUUUGAGAAGACUGGAAUUGCGGAAAUUUCUGUAGUUGAAUAUGUAGGUCUGGGUAACUGA